AUGNCGGUGAUCGUCUUUUGCCCAAUUAUGGCAGUUUUGGAAGACCUUUUAAGAACUAAUCCUGAGGUAGUGCUAGACGCACGACGUCAAUUUGAAGAUCGUCUACGCCGUUUCUAUAAUCAAAGAAAUAUUGGAAAUGACAAACUCAACAGACGUCGAAUACAACCUGGAAUGAUAGCAGUGGAUGAUGAUCAACAAGAAGAACCACCGCUGCAGUUCUUUUCGGGCAACAAUGAUAAUAAUUCAACAAACGAUGAUCUCGUUCCGAACUAUAUGAUAGAUUUGACGAGUAGGCACAUGAAUGUGGAUUGGAGAUGUCAGCACAUCAAGAAUGAUGACCAUGUUGAUCGAUUUCACGAAAAUGAAUCAUAUCGCGCAAGUGCAUUCCCAGAUAAUCAAAACUGUCUUGCCAGUAUGUCAACCGCCAACAACUCAACGCCCGAUGAUCCAGAAUCUACGCGAAAUAGUUUCACAACUGAACGUCGUCUAACACCGACUCAAAUAGCUCGUGUGAAGGAGUUGCUGGAAGAGCUGUUAAGAACUCUUUCCGCAACGUCAACUGAAGAUAACAGUAGCAAUUCUCACUUACCGUCUAGUUGCUAUCCAAACGAUGAUAUUCGACGACCUGAUGCAACACUGCUUUCAUCAUCAGUCCUAAAUCCGGAACGAAAUGGUGACAGGAGAUUUGUGGCAUCAGAGAAUGGUGUAGAAAGUGUAUCAUCGGAUGAAGAUGUUGAUGGACGCAUGUUAACAUCGGAAAUGAAUGGUGUAUUGAGUUAUAAGUCUGAAUUUAUCGAUGAUGUGCAUCGAACGAGGAUAAGUGAUGAUCUGAAACAUUCUACACGAAUACCUGCAAAAACAGUCAUUAGUAGCAGGCAUCGGCGAAACGAAUCUACCGGUGAAAGCAUCACUUACCAACGACAUGUUCGUCAUCAUCAUCUUGGUGAGAGUGGUUUGAGUCGCGAUAAGGCUGAAAAUAGCAAACGCAGUUCAGAUCGUAUGAGCAGGCAUGGUAGUUCUCAUCGAGAAAGUCCACCUUAUUGGAAUAAGAAAAGGAAACGAAACAAUGAUUAUAUUCCAUCAUCAAGUUCCUUUGCAUUUUCAGCUCUCGAAACAGCCGUAUCACGAGCAGUACAGGUAAUUGAAUCUGGUGGUAUCGUUGCUCUACCAACUGACACCAUAUAUGGACUUUCAACUGCAUUGAGUAAUGCCGAUAAAUUGUUCGAAUUGAAAGCUCGAAAUCGUCAAAAACCGUUUGCGUUGUUCGUUAGUGGUAUCAGCGAUAUUUCGAAGUUUGUUGCUCAACUGUUUGUGAGGUUUUUUUUGUCGCUUCGAUGUGUUCUCAAUCAAUUCUCAAUUCAACAUAUGUGGACAGUUCCAACAGUGGAUGCGUUUGUUCUGAGGCGUCUUUUACCUGGUCCAGUAACGCUUGUUUUCAACCGCUCCUCUAAAUUGCCCGUUAACUUCAACGAAGGCCAUCGAAGUGUUGGUAUCCGUAUACCUGAUCAUGAUUUUGUACGUGCACUCAGCAAGCAACUUGACGGUAUGCCAAUUGCGCAAACCAGUGCUAAUCUGUCGAAUGCUACUCAAAAUCCAGUUUCAGUUGAGGAUUUUGAAGAUCUUUGGCCAGACAUUGAUCUAGUAAUCGAUGGUGGCACCCUAAAGGAUCCUCAUGGAAAUAUCUCACGACUGGGAAGCACUGUAGUAAACCUUUCUAUUCAAGGCACUUACAGUAUCAUUCGUGAUGGUUGGUAA